AUGUUUAUAAAAUGUCUGCCACUGUAUUUUCUCCUGAUAUUAGACUACGCUCUCUCUCAGGAUGCUAAUUGUAAUUUCUUUCAAACUGUUGUUGUUGGAGUCACAUACGAUUUGAAAAGUCCAAAUUAUCCAAAUUCUUAUGGACGCGGGGUUCAAUGUCGGUGGGUAGCGGAUUGCCCUGUAGGGUAUAAUUGUCGUUUGGACUGCACUGAAGUCAACAUGCCCCAGACAAGCAGCUGCAGUCAGGACCGUCUGCUGGUCUCCAGGUCUGGUGAUCUACAGUUGAACAACGCGGAUUACUAUUGUGGACAGGGGCAGUUCUCAUCGGUUUCCAGUGGAACAAGACUCAGUAUAGGACUGAUAACAGCUCUGAAUAGUCCUGGAGGACGUUUCAGAUGUUCCUUGUACGCUCAACGGCAGCAGACGGGCGGUACAUGCAGUUGUGGCUACAGGAAGCAGAAUCGUAUCGUAGGCGGAGUUGAGACGGGCGUCAAUGAGUUUCCCAUGAUGGUGGGUCUAGCUGACCCCAGGAUCAAUGAGAUCAAAUGUGGUGGUGUGAUCAUCGAUAAGCGAUAUGUUCUUACUGCCGCUCACUGUCUCGAAGGGUUCACACCUAGCGGGCUCGCAGUCAUUGCUGGAGAACACGACGUAAAUAGUGCUGACUCCUCUGCUACAGCUGGUUAUCUAAUAAGCCAGUUUAUUGUACAUCCACUUUACACAAGCUCAAACUACGAUUACGAUAUUGCAAUUUUGAGGUUACAAAGCGACAUAGUGUUCAGUGAUAGAGUGGGACCUGUAUGUUUGCCAUUCAAAUACACGAACAACGACAUGACUGGAGCACAACUAACUAUUCUUGGAUGGGGUACUCUAUUCCCUGGCGGUCCCAAGUCUAAUGUACUCAGGAAAGUCAACGUGGAUGUGAUCAGUCAAAACUCGUGCCAGUCCGCAGUUCCAACACUGACGAGCAGACAAAUCUGCACGUAUACUCCAGGAAAAGAUGCAUGCCAGGAUGAUUCUGGAGGCCCCCUGCUGUACACGGAUAAUUCAGGUCUUUUAUUCAACAUUGGCAUAGUCAGCUCAGGACAGUUUUGCGCCACCGCUGGCAAGCCGGGAGUCAACACCCGCGUGCCUGUACUGCUCGACUGGAUAGUCAGUAAUACACCAGGCGCUAACUAUUGUCUUAAAUAA